AUGUCUAGCUUUCAAAGAUUUAUCGCUAUAUGUGGUACUAUUGCAUUGGUUAUGCUAGCCAUUGUAAAAGUAUCAAGCAAUAACGUUCAACUUGAUACUCAGCGAAUAAUGGAAGAUAUUCGCCGCGAUAAAGCAGCCGGUAAAUCAAGAUAUAAAACUAACAACCCUGAAAAGAUUCUCGUAAAUCGACCUGUGCGCCCUAUGCAUCCUCAUUUAUCUGAUACAAACAGCGAGCAAAUUGUCAGCGAUUCGCCGCCAAAAAUGAGUAAAAGGACUAGCAGUUGGCUAGAUAAUAUUAGGCAAUGGAAAGUCCACAGAACUGAUAGACAAAAGGAAGUUGCGAAGGCAUUUCAGCAUGCAUGGCAGGGAUAUAAAAAAUUUGCUUGGGGCCAUGAUGAGUUACGGCCGAUAUCACGCAGUCAUAGUACAUGGUUCGAUAUAGGUUUGACUAUUGUCGAUUCUAUAGAUACCAUUUUGAUUAUGGGAUUAAAGGACGAAUAUUCUGAAGCUCGUGAUUGGAUCGCUAAUAAGUUAACUUUUAACAAGAAUCGCGAUGUAAACUUAUUUGAAAUUACUAUCAGAGCUUUAGGUGGAUUGCUUAGUGCUUACAAUAUAAGUGGAGAUCAGGUCUUUCUCAAUCAAGCGAAGGAAUUAGGACAUCGUUUGCUUCCAGCUUUCAACACCCCAUCUGGAAUACCAUAUUCUGAUGUUAAUUUAGGUAGUAGCACUGCACAUGGUCCAUCAUAUGGCGGAGAUAGCAGUCUUUCAGAGGUCUCAACAAUACAGCUCGAGUUUCGAUAUUUAUCCUACUUGACUAAGGACGAAAAUUACAAACGAUUGGCUGAUAAUGUAAUAACAAAGAUUCAAAAGCUAUCUAAGAAAGAUGGACUUUGCCCGAUGUACAUUAAUACACAUACCGGCCAAUUUACAUCUGGAACUGUUACUUUAGGUGCAAGAGGCGAUAGCUAUUAUGAAUAUCUAUUGAAGCAAUGGUUACAAACAUAUAAACAGGAAACUCGAUUUAAGGAAUAUUACGAAGAAGCCAUGGAUGGUGUUAUAAAACAUUUGAUCAAGAAAUCUGUUCCUAACCAACUGACUUAUGUUGGAGAAAUGCACGGAUCUCAAUUUAGCCCCAAAAUGGAUCAUUUGGUUUGCUUUCUCGCCGGUAAUUUAGCACUCGGAGCUCAUAAUGGUUUACCUGCUAAGCAUCUACAAAUUGGAAAAGAAUUAACGGAAACAUGUUAUCAAAUGUAUGCUCGAAUGCCGACGUUACUUAGCCCUGAAAUUGUUUACUUUAAUACUAAUCCACACGGGAUCGAAGAUAUUAUUGUCAAGCCUAAUGAUGCCCAUAACCUAUUAAGACCAGAAACCGUUGAAUCUUUGUUCAUACUGUACAGAAUAACGCGUGACCCGAAAUAUAAAAAUUAUGGAUGGAAUAUUUUUAAGGCGUUCGAAAAAGAAUGCCGUGUAGAAAAUGGAUAUUCAAGUCUUAAUUCAGUAAAGCAACAUGGCAGUUAUAGAGAUAAAUUAGAAAGUUUCUUCUUAGCAGAAACAUUGAAAUAUCUCUUUUUACUAUUUUCUGAUGACGAUGAUGAAGGGAGAAUGAUAGAACCCGUGCCUCUUAAUCAAUAUGUUUUUAAUACUGAGGCACACCCUUUGCCAAUUAUUAAUAAUUUUUAA